AUUUUGGCAUCUUGACCUUUCGUCUCCCACCAUGAGCGGGCUUGUACGUAAUCUUAUCGCAGCCCGCUGCGCUGUGUUGGUGUUACUCCAAACCGUGCUAUGCUCUCCGGUUCCGCCGAACUCGGUCAUCGACCUCCAGCCAAGGCAAACCAUCAUCCCUGGCGGCAAGCCGUGCGGGCAGAACAACGCCACGAACCGAGGGUGCUGGAAGAACAACUGGAACAUCAACACCGACUAUGAGAUCACCACGCCCCCCGCUUUCAACACUCGGGUGGUUGACUUACAUAUUACCAAUGUGACAAACUGGCUUGGCCCUGACGGCGUUCGGAAACCGGCAAUGCUCGUCAAUGACCAAUAUCCCGGCCCGACUAUCGAGGCUGAUUGGGGUGACUACAUCGUGGUCAAUGUCUACAAUGAUAUGCAGGACAAUGGAACCUCAAUCCACUGGCACGGUAUUCGUCAAUUUGGUGAGAGCAACCAAGACGGAGCCAACGGCGUCACAGAAUGCCCCAUCCCUCCUGGACACAUGAAGACCUACGACUUCCACGUCACCCAGUAUGGGACCUCGUGGUACCACAGCCACUACUCCAACCAGUAUGGCAACGGUGUCGUCGGCUCGCUCAUCGUGCGGGGCCCGGCAUCGGCCGACUACGAUAUCGACCUCGGCCCUUACACCAUCAGCGACUACUACCACGAGACGGCCGACCGGCUCCACCUCAAGGCCGAGCUGGUCAGCAACGGCCCACCCCCCGACAGCGACAACGUGCUGUUCCGCGGCAAGAACAUCAACCCCAACGGGCCCGGCGGCGCGUACGACCGCAUCACCUUCACGCCGGGCAAGAAGCACCUCCUCCGGCUGACCAACCCCAGCGUGGACAACUCCUUCACCGUCUCGCUGGUGGGGCACACCUUCAAGGUGAUCACGACGGACCUCGUCCCCAUCACGCCCGUGGUGCGCAGCUCGCUCUUCAUCGGGGUCGGGCAGCGGUACGACGUCAUCGUCGAGGCCGACCAGGCCGUGGGCAACUACUGGCUCAACGCGACGCUCGAGGCCAACAACAACUGCGGCCACUCGCGCAACCCCUUCCCCGCGGGCAUCGUGCACUACAGCGGGGCCAGCACGACAGCACUACCGACCGACCGCGGCGCGCCCGUGACGGGCACCUGCGCGGGCGAGAAGGGGUUCGCGCCCGUCGUGUCGCGCAGCGUGGCCGCGUCGCAGUUCCAGCCCUCGACGCUGCCCGUGUCGCUGCAGUUCCCGACGCACGAGCGCGGGCAGGUGUUCGAGUGGCGGGUGCGCAACACGCCCAUCUCGGUGGAGUGGGACCACCCGGUGCUGGAGUACGUGCUCGAGGGCAACGCGAGCUUCCCCGGCGCGGCCAACCUGGUCGAGGUGGCCGCGCCCGACGUGUGGACCUUCUGGGUCGUGCAGAACACCUUCGCCCUGCCGCACCCGAUCCACCUGCACGGCCACGAUUUCCUGGUGCUCGGCACGGGCGCCGGCACCUUCGACGCCCCCACCAUGGUCGGCCAGCUCGACUUCGACAACCCCAUCCGCCGCGAUGUCGAGCAGAUGCCCGGCGCCGGCUGGCUGGUCAUGGCCUUCCGCACCGACAAUCCCGGGUGCUGGCUGAUGCACUGCCACAUUGGCUGGCACGUGGCCAUGGGGCUGGGUGUGCAGUUCCUGGAGAGGAAGGCCGAUAUCAUGGAUCUGAUGCACCUGGACCAGAUGCUGCCAAAUUGUGAGGCGUGGCGCGCGUAUGCGCCGACGAGUCCGUAUCUGCCCAAGGUUGAUUCGGGGCUGAAGAAGAGGAUGGGAAUGGGUGUCGGCAUGGGACAUAUGGACUGGGACGGGGAGCCGGCUGUGAGGAGGAUUGGUUGAUUAUUAGGGCUGUGGGGUGGAUUUGAAGAAAG